AUGUCUUCGACAGACUUCUUAUCUUGUGACGGAAAUUUCCUCCAUCUGCCCGAUGAUCGAAAGUUCAAAAAUGAGAAGAGAAAAGAUUUUUCGUCAACUCGUAUCUCGUGUUUGACUACCCAGUUGGCCACCGAUUCCCCACCCCGACCACCAAAGCAGAAAGAUCCACGCUUGUGCUGUAUCACGACGAGAACGGCCUCGAUCAUCGGUUCCUGUUUAACGAUGAUUGCCAUUUUAUCAAUUUCCGGCUACUUUACUGUCCGAUUAUUGGCUGAUUCCGACAAAAGCCAUCCGGUCUCUUUUGGGAAACUAUUAGGUCUCAUCCUUCCAUCAUGUUUGAUAUUAUUCUGUUUUAUGUCAUUUCAAUGGGGUCUCUUCUCAAGAAAACACUUCGCCCUUUUACCCUUCAUUUUGACGACUCUCUUGCUAUUGGUGGCCCUUAUUGGAACAUUAGUGGCUUCAAUGUUAAUGUUACCGGGAGAAGUGGAUGAUAUCAAUCAAAAGAGCGCCUCUGUUGCCGUUGAUCGAAGUGCGGGAAGAAUGGGUGAAGCAAUUGUGAUUAGAUGCAGCGUCUGUGCUAUUGUCCUUCUCCAAAUAAUCUUCCUCUAUGCCUAUCUUCGCACGUUUUUCUAUUUAAGAUAUUUAAAUCAAAAUAAU